AAUUAUUUCGGCAAAGAUGAUAUCUCCGCCCAAAAAUACAUUGGUCUACCAGAAAAAGGGAGGCCACAAUCUCACUGUCAAGCCCACUGAUAAGAAGAAUAAACACUACAUCAAAGCCAUUAAUAUAGAAGAAAACCUCAAGAUCACUCUUGAGUAUAUCAGAGAUCUUGGCAACGUCCUUGGUAUUGUCAAGCACAUGGAUCAGCCAGGAAAUGCAGUCUACAAAGAUGUGUGUCCAACAGAUAAAGUCCCGAUCCAAAACACUUAUCACAACAUCAAGCAACAAAUGGCCAGUGCUAUCAAUGGUCACUCUGGCGAUGUUGACUCCAGAAGUAAAAAGCCAAUGGAACACACAAUCUACUUUGUUGUUGAGCUGUCAAACGAUCUGGGAAAGCCAAUCAUAACUUCUGUCAAGAAUUUCAGCGACUUGGGCAAAGAAGUCGUUGAGUUUCCGUUCAAAGUCAGAGAUCUUUCAAUUCAUGCAACUGUUAGCUUUUCGAUCUACGACAUGAACAAAAUCGAAGAUGAAGGACUCGUAGCUUCAACCACUAUAAACUUGUUUGAUAGCAAAAGAAGACUCAGGCAAGGAUUCCACAAUUUGUAUUUAUGGAAAGAUAAACCCAGAGACCUCACUUUCAAAUGCACCACUCCAGGGCUCCCUCCAGACAAUGAGUAUGCAAGCAAAAUAAAUGCUUUGCUUGGAAGGAUAGAUGACAGAUCAGCUUAUGACCUCAUGACUCACAGGGCCAUCAAAAGACAGCUCCAUCAGUAUUAUGUAGACUCCCAAAGCGCUUUUCUAGAAAUUUCGUUGCCUAUAUAUGACUACCCAAUUCUGUAUCAUGAGAAUGUGUACAAAAACAUCAAGAGGAACACCCUCAACACAGAAUACUUGCUGAAGAAGUACGAAGAGUUUUACUGCUAUCCAUUUUCAUCUUCUGUAAAGUUCGCAGAUCCUGAGCGUAAGUCUUCAACUCAGAGUAACAGUGGGAUCUCUGGAGCAAGAAUCAUUAAGUUCCACGACCCAGUGAUUAUGCGUAAAGGAACUCUCAAAAUGCGUAAAGAACAGGACAACCCGAUUCUAGAGAAGUAUUACAUUUUGACCAGAACCAACGAUGACAACAUCGCUAGGGGUCUGAAUAUUGAUAGAGAAACCCACAAACAGAUACUAGAUAUUAUUGAGCAACCUGAUUUUGCAGCUCUAACUCAGAAAGAAGAAACUCUGCUCUGGAAAUAUAGAUACCCCAUCAAGUAUGAUGAACAGUACCGCAAAGCUGUAGUCAAGUUCUUGCGCAGUGUCGACUGGGACAACCUCAAAGAGUCCAACGAAGCCAUUCAAAUUUUACAAGACUGGAACUUCGACAUUGAGCAGGCCAUUCCGAUGCUCAGUGUGAUGUUCUCAGCCAAUGACUUGUACGAAGAAGGCAUCGCCAAACACAAGUGUGUCGAAAUCAGAAAGCGAGCCAUCGAAGUGCUCGAACAAGAAGACACCGAGUUCAUACAGAAGAUACUGCUCCAGCUUGUUCAGGCUUACCGCUACGAAGACUUCGAAGCAGGCCACCUCAAGAACUUCUUGAUGGCUAAAGUGGUUCUGGACGAGUCGAUAGCACACGACUUCUUCUGGAUUGUGAAGCUAGAAAAAGACAACCAAGAAAACUCAGAGCAGAUCCGCCACCAGUUCUCUGGCUUGUAUGAUGCAUUCAUCGACAAACUCACCGACAUCGACCCAGAGUGAAGAGAGCUGCUGGCCAAACAGUGGGAGUUCAGAGACAAACUCUACUCGCUGUCAAAGCAUGUUGGUGAGGCUGACAAAGUUCAGCGCAAAUAAAGAGCGACUUCGAGAAGCUGUCUCUGAAGGAGGCAAGUUCGACAUGACGAACUUCGAGCCUGCACCGAUGCCGCUCGACCCAUCUGUGAAAGUGUGUGGGAUCGUCCCUGAGAAAUGCAGUGUGUUCACCAGUGCUUUGUGACCGCUCAAACUGACAUUCAAAGUGACAGAAGAAACUCAGAACUCUGGGAACCCUCGUGUUGAUGGAGACCUCUACAACAUCAUGUACAAGCUCGGAGACGAUGUCAGACAGGACCAGUUGGUGCUCCAGAUCAUGGGUGUGAUGGACUUCGUCCUCAAGCAGAUCAACCUCGACUUCAAGUUCUCGAUCUACAAUGUGUUGGCUCAUUCAGAGAGUGACGGAAUGCUUGAGUUUGUACCGAACUGUUGCACCAUACAGGAUAUCCUCAAGCACAACAAGCCGAAGAGUUCGAGCGAAACCCACAUUGGACUCUACCUGAAGAGUUCUUGCUACAAGAACGGCUAUGACUACAAAGGCGUGUUCGAGACUUACCUGGACUCGUGUGCUGGAUAUGCCGUUGUGACAUAUUUGCUGGCAGUCGGAGACAGACACCUUGAGAACCUGCUAAUUGACGAGAAAGGCCACUUCUUCCACUGCGACUUCGGGUUCAUUUUCGGCAAGAACCCGGCUGGCAAGAACCUGUGGCCUCCUCCAAUCAGGAUUUGCAAAGAAAUGAUAACAUGUAUGGGCGGCUUUGAAAGCGCAUAUUACAAACGUUUCGUAGACAAGUGUGUGGACGCAUUCAAGUACUUGCGGAACCACUCGAAGUACAUCUUGAACUUGCUACAUCUGAUGAUUCAUGCUGGGAUUGGAGACUUGCCUGCAGAUCAGUCUGAGAAAAUUCUGACUAAAAUGUACGAGAAGUUUCUCCCCCACAUCAGAGACCAGGAAGAAGUAGAGAAGGAGUUCGCUGGAUUCAUCAAGGAAAGUGUCAAUGCAUUCUUUGUGAAAGUAAUGGAAAAGUUCCAUGUUUGGGCCGGAGCUUUCAAGUAA